GGGAAAGGCCGCGGCGCGGGGCGAUGAUGUAAUGGCUUUGUGCGCGCGGCGGCGGCGGCGGCGGCGCCGGGGGCAGCAGCGCUUCCUGCGGCUCGCGGGGGCCGCGCGGGGCCUCCCAGACCCGCCGCGGCCCGGCCGGAGCGUGAGGGGCUAAAAAAAUAAACAGUUGAAAUCCUCUUUAUGAAACCACUCCUUGGUCAAGUGUAGCUUUUGAUGUAUGGUCUCUAAAGCCCCCCACUAUGCCAGCAGCUACCGUAGACCAUAGCCAAAGAAUCUGUGAAGUUUGGGCUUGUAACUUGGACGAAGAGAUGAAGAAAAUUCGUCAAGUUAUACGGAAGUAUAACUAUGUAGCUAUGGACACAGAAUUUCCAGGAGUAGUUGCAAGGCCUAUUGGAGAAUUCAGAAGCAACGCAGACUAUCAGUACCAGCUCUUACGCUGCAAUGUCGACUUGCUAAAAAUAAUUCAGCUAGGACUGACGUUUAUGAAUGAGCAAGGAGAAUACCCUCCAGGAACUUCAACUUGGCAAUUUAAUUUUAAAUUUAACUUAACAGAAGAUAUGUAUGCUCAGGACUCUAUUGAACUGCUGACGACAUCUGGAAUCCAGUUUAAAAAGCACGAAGAAGAAGGAAUUGAGACACAGUACUUUGCAGAACUGCUUAUGACAUCAGGAGUUGUAUUGUGUGAAGGAGUCAAGUGGCUUUCCUUUCAUAGCGGAUAUGACUUUGGCUAUCUAAUCAAGAUCCUGACAAACUCCAAUUUACCUGAGGAAGAGCUGGACUUCUUUGAGAUACUGCGAUUGUUUUUCCCUGUCAUCUAUGAUGUAAAAUAUCUCAUGAAGAGUUGCAAAAAUCUGAAGGGUGGAUUACAAGAAGUGGCUGAGCAGUUAGAGCUGGAAAGGAUAGGACCACAGCAUCAGGCAGGAUCCGAUUCGUUACUCACAGGAAUGGCCUUUUUCAAAAUGAGAGAAAUGUUCUUUGAAGAUCACAUUGACGAUGCCAAAUAUUGUGGCCACUUAUACGGUCUUGGUUCAGGGUCAUCUUACGUACAAAAUGGCACAGGAAAUGCUUAUGAGGAAGAAACCAACAAACAGUCAUGACAUGAAAUGAAAGGCCGUCUUUUUGACCUCCACAUGCUUGUAUAUAGGUUUUAUCUCUGGUUGAACCCCUUGGACAAUUAAGGCUUUUUUCCCCCCUUUCUCAGCACACUUUCUUUUCUGCCUUUCUAUGUACUAAACUUGACUGUUCCUAUCACAGAUUUUGAUCUUAAUAUUGAUACGUAAAAUUUUCUGGGUUACAUUUUGGCCUCUUAACAAGCCCAUUUGUAAAGAAGCAUGUAUAGGAUCAGUGUGGCAGAGAGAAGGGGAAAGUUGAAUGAUAAUGAAUAUUCUGGUAAACUUGCCUACAUUGUUCUUCCAGUUUUUUGUCUUUCCCUUCCCUUCUCUAAAUUAAUUGGCUCUGAUUAUAACUAACUUCCCCCUUCAUGUCUGUUCUUUCCAGUAUGCAGGCAUUUUAGCUAUUCAAGAUUGUGGACCAUCAAAUUUGCACUUUAGAGAGCGAUUCUGACUCAGAUCCUCUGUUUUAUUUGAAGUUUGUUUUGGUUUUUUCUUUUGCCCUCAGCUAGAAAACAAUCAUCUGCCAAGUUCAGCAGCUUCAGGCUGUAUUUCCUUGGUAUCUCAGCCCACACAAUGGGACUUAUUUGCUGCAUAAUCUGUUUGUUCAAGCAAAACAAACUACUGAAAUCAUAGUAAUUGCUCUUACUUUACUAGUGUUUGGUCAUCUUCCAACAUACCCUGCACAUGCCAACUGCUGGUUGGCCUGCUGCUUUAAAACCACUCUGUGAUGGGGAAAAGAGGCUUGAAAAAACAGCUUUACACACUUCAGGAAAAGAACAGCUAUGACUUUAGCCUUUUUGCCAUUAAGCUGAGAGUUGAAGGAUAAUGGAAAAGUAGGAGUCUUGUAAUGGCACAUUUCCCUUGAUUAACCUUGUGGCUUUUAUCUUAGCAAUGUACACCUCAGAUAUUUUUUAUGAAGUCAUAUUUAUUAUGUACUUGAUUUCAUGAUUUUUGUAAAGUCAGUUUAGUUGAAGGUAAACCCCAAAGAUCUGAAAAAAUAUUAUUUAAUUGAAUUAUUGAAUUAGAAGAACAAUUAAAUCAUGCUUUUUUUGUAGUUGUUACAAAGACAGAUGUUACGGAUAUUUGUUGUAAUACGACAAAAUAUAAAUAACUUCCAGCUAAAUAAAGUUACCUGAGGAGUGUAAUGCUAGUUUAUUUUUGAGUAUAUCUUACAAUAUAUUUUAGAUAUACUGUUUUCAAGGACCCUAAAAUAUGUUCUUAACUCUGCAUAGCAUGUAUACAGAGCAGUUGUGCAGGAAGGAUUUUUGGUAUUGAAUAGCUAAAUACUAGCCUGGAAUGAUGGAAUGCGUGACAUUGUGUGUCUGUGCGUGUGCGCGUACGUGUGUUUGACACGGAAAUCAAUGGCAGAAAAACCUCCAAAUGUUCACCAAUUAUUCUGUUUUAUCUUGUACUUAAAAGCAAAAAAAUCAAACACCUUUUUCUCAUUGAAUUAUGAUGAUGUAACUGGGCGGUCCUUUUUAAACAAGUAAUUUGCAUAAGAGAGAGUAUUUGUUUUUAAAGCUUUUGUAAAUAAAGGCCUAAGAAAUGUUUUCUUACAUAACAA